CGUGAUGCUCCAUAAACCGAGCUUCCUUGCACCUCAUCCGCCGGAGAAUAAACGUCCAACCACCUAAGCCUUGUCUCCUUGCUCUGAUUUUGUCUACACUCCUAUGUUUUGUCUAUUUUCCCAAAAUACCAUUAUUUUCUUCUCUUAGUUACGUCUCAACACAACGUUCUCUAUUCACAUAUGAGGGGUAAUGUUGUAAAUUCAUUUAGACAGCAAGAUUACGUGAGCUGUUCUGUCUGAUUUUGAAACACUAAACGACAAAAACCAAAGUUACUUGAAGUUUCCGAAUCACAAGGUUCCAUUUCGCUAAGUCAUUGUCUAUAUAAAGCUCCACGAUGCUUGUUAUCUCCUUGAAAACACAGCUCUCUCUCUCUCUCUCUCUCUCUCUCUCUCUCAACCUUCUUAAACUCACGAGUCAAAUAUACACGAAAAUGGGAGCUUGCGGAUCAAGUGAAUCUCGGAGAACAGACACAGCGAAGCUAAUAUUACCAGACGGAACGUUACAAGAGUUUACAUCACCUGUAAAAGUGUGGCAGAUUCUUCAGAAGAAUCCCACGAGUUUUGUUUGUAACUCAGACGAUAUGAACUUCGACGACGCAGUUCUAGCAGUCGGUGGCAGCGAGGAUCUCCGGCCUGGAGAGCUUUACUUCGUUUUACCGUUAACAUGGCUGAAUCAUCCAUUAAGAGCAGAGGAAAUGGCUGCUUUGGCGGUUAAAGCGAGCUCCGCGCUUAGCAAAAGUGGUUGGAGUUGUGGCGAUGAUGGUGAUGCGAGAAAGGUCUCUGGUGGUGAGUGUGGUAGAGUUAAGAGAGUAAAAAGAAAUAGUUGCGGCGGAAGAGGCUGUGGUGGUGGCGGUAAAGGGUGGAGGAAGUUUACGGUGGAGUUGAGUUCGAUAGCUGAGUAGGGUAAGACCAUCGUUAAUCUAGGUUCUUUGGGGUCGGCUAAGAAAAGCUAACAAACGUCUGUUAAAUAAUAGAUAUAAGAGCAUGAUUAUUGAGGAGUUCUUAGGGUGGGGUUCUUAGCGGAAUAUAAAAAUCCGUCUCUUAAUUUUUAACUAAAAAAACUAAGAACCGGUUCUUAAAUAACAGUUUUAAGAGCCGGUUCUUAACUUUUUUAGUUAAAAGUUCAGAGACGGGAUCUUAUAUUCCGCUAAGAACCUAAUUCUAAGAACCCCCAAUAAUCAUGUUCUAAGAGUCGGUUCUUAGCUUAAAAAAAAAUAAAAAAUAAAAAGUGUUCAUGAGUUAAUAACUCCAAAUUAAAAACCCAGGUUAAUCACCUCUAAUGUGGCUGUGUAAAUUGUAAUUAGAGAGUUUGACUUUUUUUUCUUAAAUCUUAAACAUGUAUAUCGAGUUUAUUUUGUUGUUGUACAAAUAUUCUUUUUGGGUAAAUGUUUCCAUUAAUAUCAAAAGUUUAAGAUUGAUUACAGAAAUAAUAUACAAAA